CGGUGCCGUACGUUCAGUAUUGUACCACAAUGUAUCUUCAGGGCACAACAGCCAAGCACRUCAUACUUUGGAGGAAACGGUGUACGCGAUACCGCUUGGUCUWACCUUACAAGCCCCGCAAAGUAGUUCCGUAACAAUAGUCAUAAAGGUUUGCUCCAAGCAGCAAAAGUAGUCCACGUCACUUUCCUGCAAAAUUAGCUCGUUUCGGUGCGAAUUUCAGCAAUGGAAAGGGACGGCGACGCCAGGAUGGACGAGGUUCUCGACGACGCGGACAGUGAACUGCCGUGGGAUCGGUUGGAGGCCGCCGGGGAACCCGCAAACCCGAUCCCGUUCCCCGAUAUCCAGCUCAAGCGCGGUCGGCGAGAUAGCGUGUUGGUGUUCUGCCCAGAGAGAGACGAUUUUGUCGAGGCCAAGAACGUUUUGUUYCAAGACUUUUCGAGGGAAUACGGAGAAAGUACCGAGAAGGCGCUGAGCCGGGUUCGAGAGGCCUAUUGGCCAAUUCCAUACAAAAAGUCAAUASGUACCAUCAUGGGGCACGUUGAGAUUUGCCAUGUUGUGACCAGGUCCAAAUCCGAAAGAGGAGACGACGACGAUGAUUCAGUAAGUGAUUCCAGUUGCGACGACAGUAGCAAAAGUUACGACGACGACGACGAMGACGUGGUAUUCCAACUGACCCCAARACUCGUGGCAGUCAAAGUGAAUUACAUGCGUCGGGUGGAACGCUACAGAGACAGACAUGCUGAGAAUCCCGUCCAAGAGAUCUGCGCGAUGCAGUUGAUUGGAAACGGCAAUGCCCACGUCAUUGGAAUUCUAGAAACACUCUUUGAAGGCAGCAGUAUAACUGUGGUCAUGCCCUACGCGGCAUCCGGGGACCUGUUUGACUGGUUGCAGCGUGCCCAAGAACAGGGACAGGGAAUGCCGGAGGCAGAAGCAAGAUAUUUGUUUCGCCAGGUCAUGGAUGGUUUGCAGUACCUUCAUCAAAAGGGCAUCUGCCAUAGAGAUCUAAGCCCCGAAAACAUCAUGUUGGACAAUAACAAUUCUAUCAUCAUUGACAUGGGUAUGUCCAUCCGUGUCCCGUACACCGAUCGCAAUGAUCCUUCCGCAGUUACAGAUAUUGUCAACGGAACAGAAAAGCGACUGAUUAAACCGCAGGGAGCCUGUGGAAAAUUAUCGUACAUGAGUCCCGAGAUUUAUAGGAAUCGCAAUCCCUUUGAUGGGGGUGCCGUCGACAUCUGGACGGCAGGUACAAUAUUGUUCUGCAUGGUGACGGGAAACAGAUCCUAUGAGAGGCCAUGCUCUAAUGAUGCACAAUUUUAUUGGAUGUCUAGGAACUUGGGUAUGCUCCUCGAGAAUUGGAACAUUAAUUUGUCCGUUGAAUGCGUUGAUCUUUUGAAAGGAAUGCUGACAAUCGACCCAAGGCAUCGCUUUACGAUGGAGCAGGUUUUAAACCAUCCAUGGUUUCAAGGUGAGGAUAUAGCWCCGAAUAUCAGCUUCGGUCACCGAUAGAAUAAAUGCUUCAUUUGCUUUGCUUGGUCUGCAAGCAACGGCGAUGCACGUUACAUCCAAACGGUACCUUUGGCGGUCUUGGGCGAAGAACCUUAAAACAUCCUCAAGGAACGACUAUGGGGGGGCAUUUUUGAUUUCCACUGUUAUUCACAAAGUAUCGUUUACAAUAAUAAAGUUUGUUGAUGUACAUUAUCUUGCACUUCUCUUGAUGUUUCUAUCGCACAAUGGAGUAUCUCGGCUCGAGUAACUUUUACUGUAGCAACACUGCAUUCACCGAAGUUAUCUUUCUUGUCCAUACCAUGAAUACCAGUAGACUUGCUUUGCUACAAGAAAGAAAAGGCAAAGGUGUCAAUCUUCACUUAGUAAAUCAAGAACAGAAAA